AUGGAACCUUUCCAACAGCUUGAUAAGAUUGAGGAAUACAAAAGAAGACUGGGUAUGCAUACUGCUGUGGUGAAUUCAUCUGGAAAAAUAUGGAUAUUUGUCGAAGAUUUUUUUGAAGUGGAAAUUUUAGCAGAUCAUGAGCAACAAAUUACCGUUAAGCUUAAUAGUAAUGGGUUGCAUGAGGAGAUAAUGGAUAGUCUAGAAGAUUUGGCUACUAAUAUUAAUAGACCAUGGAUGAUAGCAGGUGACUUUAAUGUCAUUAUGUCUGAGAAAGAGAAGUAUGGGGGUCUAGCAGUUGGGGCAAAUGAAAUUCAAGAUUUUAAAGUGUGUAUGAAGAAUUGCAUUGAGGUGAAUCAUUUGAUUAGAAAUGGCUCAGAUCAUGCCCCUCUUUUGAUUUCAUAUUCCGGGAGCACAAUACCAAUUAAGAAACCUUUUAAGUUUCUUAAUUUUUGGGUUAAAAAUGAAACUUUCCUAGAUUUGGUAAGAACUCACUACACUACUAAUUUUCUGGCAAAUCCAUUUACUCCUUUUCAUUUCAAGCUGAAAAAGGUUAAGGAUGCUUUAGUUCAAUGGAGUAAGGAUACUUUUGGAAAUAUUUUCCAAGAUAUUGAGACUUUAGAGGAAGUGAUCAAGGUACAUGAGAUUCAAUUUGAACUUCAACUUACCCCUAAUAAAAGAGAGAAACUAUAUAGGGUGCAAGCAGAUAUGAAUAGAUACCUUCAUCUUGAGGAGGAAUUUUUGAAACAAAAGGAUGGAAUGCAAUGGUUUCAGGAUGGUGAUAGGAAUACAAAAUUCUUUCAUGCUUAUGUCCAAGGGAGAAGGAAGAGAUUUCAAUAA